GAAAAAUACAAAGACUCAAAUCCGAGGGAAAACUUCCGAAUUUGCAUAUUUUACUUGGAUUUCCAAAUCAAUCAAAAUAUAUAAACCAAUAACACCUUGAAUUUUGAAGGAGAUUACAAAACAAAUUUAUAUUUUAUUUUUAUUUUCCGAGUUAUAAAAAAAAAUAACAAGAAGACAUGAAUUUUGCACCACUAGUUUAAUUUUCAAAACCACAUAUAUAUAUAUAUAUAUAUGAUAUAUGUGUGUGUUGUUGACAAAAUAAAUUAAGUAAUUUUUUUUUAAUAGUUAAUAAAUGUAACAUUAGUGUGACUCGGCGUUGGUCGGGGAAUGAUGUUCUACUUAUGAAUAUUAAAUUUUGGGCAAAUAGUUUAGAUUUUCUUAAAAAUGAUAUAUAUGUAAAGUAUAUGAAAUUAUGGUGAUAAAAUUUAUUAAAACGUGUAAUAGUAAAAAUAGUGAUUUAAUUAAAUGACAUUUGUCACUAUAUAUUGGCAUAAAUAAGGAAAUAAUCUUAUGGUAUUAAAUCAAUACUAUACUAAAAGCAACAUAUAAGGCUCUAUGGAGGUGUCCACGUCGGAUGAUAUAUUCAACCAGUCAUAUUACACAAAACGGCCACGUCAUUACGAGGUUACAAUGGUUUGGGUUCGUAUUUUCGGCCCGUUUUAUCUGUUGAUUUUAAUGGUUUGGGCUUCUGUGUAUUAGGCCUGUUUUUCUGUAGGCGAUGGCCCAUGGGUGGUGAUGAGUUACGCGUCAUAUGUCGUAGCCUCUAUUGCGUCGUCACCUUCCUUUCCACUUCUAUCUCUGCCGUUUCUCACCUCUCCAAAUCUGAAUCGACGAGUAACUUCACCACUAGCUUUUGUAAUCAAACCUCUUCACCAUUAACUUCUCUAAUCAAAUCUUGCUUUAACCCAUUUAAUGGAUUCUUUUCGUCUUCUUCUCUGUUUUACUAUUUAUAAAUCUCUUCUCCGAUCUCAUGCCUCCAUCAAAGCUGUUACGAUUCUCUCAAAUACUCAUCCCGAUGGAGCUUACCCGUAACUCUUCAUCCUCCACCAAACGCACGUCCGGCAAGAAGACCGUCGUCUCCUCUGCGUCUGCUAAGCCAAACGGAAAGUCUAUUGUCGUCUCCUCUGCGUCUGCUAAGCCAAACGGAAAGUCUAUUGCUUCCUCUGCGACUGCGAUGACUCCUAGCGCGCAUGCGUCUGUUGGAACGGCCAACCCGAUGAACCCUGAAGCUACUACCGGUCUCUCAUCCGCUCAUCGCGACCAAGUGAUGUUGUUCAGGGAUGUUUUGCUGGGCCCACAGGAAGCCGAGUUGAGGUUCCGGCUGAUUCACUUAUGGGAGGCUCGAAAUCCAAAUACCAAAAUUCUCAUUGGUCAAGAGAUGCUCCUUAUCGACGAAGAGGGAACUGUUAUUCAGGGUUUUGUUCCGGCUGGUCGUGUAGGAACAUUUGAUCUCUCAGCUGGUUCCGUCUAUAAGUUGACCAACUUUUUCGGAUCCAGAAGCAAAAUUCAGUAUCGGGUUGCUGAUCAUAGCGCCACCGUUUCAUUCUCUUGGAAUUCUUCUUUGUCGGUCUUUGAGAAUCCUCCGGUUCUCUUUCCAGUAGAUAGGUUCAGGUUCCACAGCUACGAUGAGUUUAGGGCCAACUGUAACUCCAAGGGUGAUCUUUAUGACUAUGUUGGCCACAUGAAGCUGGUGAAUGGGCAAACUAUCUCUGAACACAUGGUUCUUGACGAAGCUGAUAUAGCAGAGAAACGGCAUCUGUGUGUUCAUGUUCAGACACUUGACGGACCAGUGAUGAAGCUCUAUCUAUGGGACCAGGCUGCAUCCGACUUCUGCCAGAAAUUCAAAUCGUAUGGAGGGACUCCAAGCGUUCUUCUGGUCACCACAGUGAAUCCUAAGCAUCUUGGAGGAACCCUUGCUAUCACUUCUAUGUCGUCAUCUCGAAUGUUCAUGGAUUCCGACGUCCAGCCUAGCAAGGACUAUCUCGAAUGGUUGAAUUCUAACGCAGAAAUUGCUAAUAGUGUUGCUGCUGAGGUUGUCACUAAGCCGGAGGCAGUGACUCUUGAGGAGCUAUUCACCUACAUCAAGCAAGAAACUUCAAAGGUCGCUUGGUUUGAAUGCACGGCAACAAUAGAUGAUGUUGUCCGGGGUUCUCCUUGGUAUUACAUUUCUUGCGGUGGAUGUAAUAGCAAGGCUUUCAAAGGUCAUACCUCUAUGAUUUGCAACAAUAAGAAGUGUUGGAAGACUGAGAUCACAGGCGUUCCUCAGUACCUCACAAAGAUAUCAGUUUAUGAUAAGAGUGAGCAAGCAGUUUUUGUCAUUCUUGGCGAUGCUGGCAAGGAGCUGAGUGGGAAACAUGCUGCAGAAUUGGUUGCUACUUAUUUUGAGUCUAAUGAAGGAGUUGGAGCUGAUCAUUGUGUGCCGAUCCCGCGAGCUUUACUUGACACGAUAGGCCAGACUCGCAAAUUCAUCGUCAAAGUCUCGGAUCACAAUUUCUCAGGCAAGACUCAGACCAUAACUGUAACGAAGAUACUCCCACUGGCAGUUGCUCUUCCAGCAACAUCCGAGGAACCUGGUGCUUCCAGUGGCUUUGGAAACUCUGCGGGUGAUAGGGCUAGAAAAGCAGCUGAGAUUCUUGAGUCAGAUGAGGCCAAGCGGUGCAAGAGUGGCUGAUAUAGCUUCAAGCUCUCCUCCUACGCAGUGAUUGUUUUUGCUGCAGUUCGAGUUAUGUUUUAUGCUUUCUGAAUGACUUUGCGUUUUUUUCAUUUCAACUUUCAGACUUUUGUCUUUUAUGUUUAAGUUCCUUGAAUACAAUUUUCAUUUUAUGGUUUUUACGAUCUCUUAAGCCAAUUUACUUAUCUUAUUUUGAACUUUUUAAUAGUUAGUAAGGAUUAGCUUAGUUUAUAGGUGCUGAGUCGUCUUCUUACUACAUUAAGCACAUCAGUGGCUUCAGAUGCAGAAUCAGGAUUAGUAACAGGAUAUGAGGAAUGGUUAGGGGCGUGGAUCCAUAGGCAUGAAUCUGUAGUCACAGUUUGGAUACUAAUUUUUCAUUUCAGAAUUAAAGAAUCUUUCACAUAGAUUUAUAUAGUCUAAAGCAGACACACAACCCAGACUUAUUUUGUUGCAUCAUAAUUAAGCAUCUAGAUCUCAACAAAAAAAUAAGCUUGUGAUCACAAAACAUGACAAAUAUGAAGUUUAUAUACUGUUGCGCUCACUUAUAUGUCCUAAAUCAAACAAAAGUACAAACCUGCAUUGCAUGCCGAUCUAAUGAAAUUGAAGUACGUCUUACAUAUUUAAAAAAAAAUUAAAUCUUUUUAAUUAGUCAUCCAAAUAUUUAUAUAUAUGGAAUAUUUAUAUACAUGGAGUGAGGGUUACUGAUCUAUUCUUUAAUAAUUAUUAAAAAUUUAACCAUAUUAUUCAAAAAAUUUAAUAUGAUAUAAAUAAAAAAACAACAAUACUUAAACUUUAGUAGUAUAGAACAAUAUACAUGUGGACAAUAUAUGAAUUAAUAUUUUUACGAUCAGAACAUUUUAUUUUUAAAAAUAACUAACUCAAAAUUUUCCAGUGCUAUAUGGAAAAAAUAAAUGAUAUAAUCCAAAAAUUGAAUAAAUACCUUUAAA